AUGGCGGAGCACCGGCAAUUGCAAAAGGCCAGCCUUGCGGAGCUGCAAUGGCAGCAGAACCAGCAAGCGGCUCCUGAAUGUCGCGAGACUGGCUUGUCUCCACAGGCAGCCGAUGACCGCCACCCCGCGAGCUCCGAGCCCACCGCACAGCCUCUCCCUUUCCUGCCCGCAGCGCCCGUACUAGGCUCAGUGCGGACUGUUGCCCUUCGAGAUGCGCCUCGCUGGUCUCCUACGAGCUCCACGCCUCAGUUGCCCGAUUCACGACGAGCUGAUUCGCCCGAGACAGAGCCGCCACGAUCUGUUCGGAAGCUGUUCGCUGAAGUGUGGCAAUAUAUCAAAGGUGUUUGGAAAGCCGUAGUGACGCUCCAAAAUGCCGACAAGGCGCGACGGCAGGAAAUCAGCGAGCUACAGGACAGAAUUGCCGUCCUCGAAGAAAACGUCCGUCAGGAGCCUCAGAGGUCCAAUGCUCCGGAGGAACGACUGGACAAUAUAGGUCGAGGAUAUUGCCAGUCGGGACAGGAGCAGUCACAUGUCGACUACUUCGGCCGCGACUCCUACGUCAAUCCGCCCGCCGCACCGCCUGCGCCGCGUUCGCUGCACAGCUACGGCUCCCAUAAUUUUCAGCCAGGUCCAUUAGAUCACCGCACCUAUUUGAACCCCGGACAUGGGGUUCAGGACCGGUCUCUGGGCUCGCAUGGGUGCGAUCUGCGCAUAGUUCAGGACGAGCGCGCUCAGCAGCAGCCGUGGUCCAAUGCGAGCCUCAGCGGCCACCCUCAUGAUCUUCGAAGCGGCCCUCGCAAUAGACCUUACGGUUUUCGAGGCGGCUAUAACUCCAACCGUCGCGGUGUCUGGUAA